AUGCAUGGAUCAGGUAUAUCAUGGCGAAUUCUUCAGAAAAAAUUGUGUCUUCCACAAUGGAAUCUGAUAAGUGAGAUAAGUGAGAUAAGUGAGAUCUCGAAUAUAGUGCUUCGUGGAUAUGGCGGUUGGAACACAAGGCUCGCUCUUCAAGUCUUGGACCAAAUAUUUCCCAAGGAUGCAGCUGUGCAACCAUCACUUGUAAUUGUAUACUUUGGUGGGAAUGACUCAGUGAGACCUGAUCCAAAUGGUAUAAGUACUUCUCAUGUUCCUCUUUCUGAAUAUGUACAAAACAUGAAGAAGAUCAUACUUCAUCUCAAGAGCCUAUCGGAAAAGACUCGGAUAAUAAUUCUUAGUACUCCAGCAGUGAAUGAAGAACAGAUCAUCAAAGUAUACGGGUAA